GGAAGUGGCUGUCUGAGACGGCAUCCGGGUCUGGUGGGUUGGGAGGUGUCCUUUUUAAAAGAAAUAUAUAUAUAUAGAAGUGAACAACCCCCCCUUCCCUUUGCUUUCCCUGUUUGGGUGCGGCUUGCAUUUGCACAAAGGGAAAUUAUUAUAAUUUGCAUUUGGCAAGGCAGGCUUUGCAUUGCAUUCUUUGCAACCUCGCUCCUCCUGGAGGAGUGGGCUCUCUCUCUGCAGGGAAAAGAAGGCAAUUGAAGAAGAAAAAGGAGAGGAAAAGGCGCAGAAGCAGCAAAAAGAAAGCCUGGACUUGACGGAUUGCAACACCCAGCAGCCUUGACAGGAAGCCCCUUUCCUGUCUAGGAAAAUCUGAAACUUAAUACCAUUAUUGUAUUGGGCAAUCUUUGCUUCAUUGGUGUAGGAGGUACAAGUUGCCUCAGCCCUGUUGGGAACUGCCUUGGAGCCUGGAGCAACGAUGGAGGAGCGAGAUGCGUUUGGACCUGAAACAGAAAAAUACUGUGAUGCCGUCGAAGCCGGGAGUACGGGAAGAUUGUGGGAACGAACAGCGCGGGAUGACACCAGUGAUGAAGAAACGCUCAGCUCGGAGGCCCAGCGCCGGUGCUUCCGGGACUUCCACUACUGGGAAGCCAAGGGGCCUCGGGAGGUGUGUGGCCGCCUCCACUCUCUCUGCCGCCGGUGGCUGAAGCCGGAGCAAAGCACCAAGGCUCAGAUCCUGGACUUAGUGAUCCUGGAGCAGUUCCUGGCUGUCCUUCCUGCGGAGAUGGAGAGCUGGGUCAAGGAGUGUGAGCCGGAGACCAGUUCGCAGGCCGUGGCUUUGGCGGAAGGAUUCCUCCUGAGCCGAGCAGAGGAGGAGAAGAAGACGCUGCAGAAAGAGCAGCAGGAAAACAUGUUUCCUUUGAGUCUCAAAGAGGGGAAGCAUUUCCUUCCAGAAGAAGAUAUGGAUGCUCCAGAGAUACAGAGUAGUCCAUCAUCAUCUAACAGGAAAUCAGAGACAGAGUGCAUCAUGGAAGAGGAUGAUAAUGGGUCAGCUUCCACGGGAAGUGACGUCCAGUCCACUGGGGAUGGGGAAUCUGUAAUUGUUGUGACGGACAACCAGUCAUCACCAGGAGAUGCAUCCAAGACGUCGGGAAGAUGUCAUCGGCCAUCUCCUCUUGAAACAACGGAGUUGGCUUCUUCGCAAGUAGAUCAGGUGACCCUGGAUGAGCUGGCAGUGGGUUUCACCCCUGAAGAGUGGGCCCUCCUGGACCCGGAGCAAAGAGCUUUGCACAAGGAAGUCAUGGAGGAGAAUUAUGGGAUGGUGGCCUCGCUUGGGGACACGGCUCCACUUGGUGGCCGAAAUGAAGACGAACCAUGCCUAACGUGGUUGGAAAAUGCUAAUUGGAAGGAAGAUGAAGAAUUGAGCAUCGACACCGAGGGAGAACUGGAACUGCAAAGCCGAUUCCCUGCUGCGGAGGAUCCAGAAAUCUGGGAAAUCCCAGACGACGAAAACACGGAGGAGAGCGAGGAGAGCUGGAAGUGUGCUGUGUGUGGCAAGUGCUUCCUCUGGAAGUCGAGCCUUUACGCCCACAUGAGGAAGCACACCGAGGAGAAGAUCUUCGAGUGCACCCAGUGCGGGAAGUGCUUCCACUGGCGGUACCUCCUGAUUGCUCACCAGAGCAUCCACACGGGCGAGAAGCCCUCCAAGUGCAUGGAGUGCGGGAAGAGCUUCUGCCACCGAUCGUCCCUCAAGCGGCACCAGCGGUUGCACACUGGGGAACGGCCCUACAAGUGCCUGGACUGCGGGAAGAGCUUCUGCUACCGGCCGAGCCUCACCAGCCACCAGCGCAUCCACACGGGGGAGAAGCCCUUCAAGUGCUCAGACUGUGGGGAGGCUUUCCGACACCGCCGCAACCUCAUGAUCCACCAGGCCAGCUCCAAAGGUGAGGGGCCCUGCCAGUGCCUCGAGUGCGGGAAGACCUUCAGCGACAAGAUCAAGCUCGCCUCCCACCAGAGAACGCACAACCGUGAGAAGCCCUACAAGUGCCCCGAGUGUGGCAAGGGCUUCUCCCACAAGUCGCACCUCAGCACCCACCAGAGGAUUCACACCGUUUUCCACAAUUUGUGGGAAACACUUUGGCCUUGCAAAGACAUGGAAGAGAGUGACGGGGCCAUGAUGUCUCUUGGAAGUGUCAUCCGCCAUGGAUCCAAGUUAAGAAACCCAGUUUUGGAAGUUAAUCAUGAAAGAGACGAUUCCCAUGUUUUUAAAAAUGGUCCUUUCGAUGUGUCUGAUAGCGCUCCCACUUCACCAGUGGCUCAGUCAUCCUGUGACAGUUUUGCUGAUGAAGGACCAGGUGAGGUGAUCACCAUGUCUGACAGCUCCCCAAAUUCACCAGCAGCUCAGUCAUCCUGCGACAGUUUCGGUGAUGAAGGACCUGAUAGUAGCAGCUGCCUGGAGUCAGUGACCCAAGGGCUGGAGCCAUCCUCUUCAACCACAGAAGAGUCAAAUUCUAACUCCCUGGAAGCAGAAGAGAAGGCAUUCAAAUGCCAGGAAUGUGGGAAGCAGUUCAACCAGCGGCCGCACCUCAAGAGGCACCAGAUUGUUCACACUGGGGAGAAGCCCUUCAAAUGCCUGGAGUGCGGGAAGGCCUUUACGGAAAAGAGGAACCUCACGGCGCACCUGAUGAACCACACGGGCGACAAACCCUACAAAUGCGAGGAGUGCGGAAAGAGCUUCAGCCAGCAGUCCCAUUUGAAGAGGCAUGAAAUCGUCCACACCGGCGAGAAACCCCACAAAUGCCCCGAAUGCGGGAAGGGCUUUUCUGAAAAGCGAGACCUUGUCGGACAUCGAAUGAACCACUCGGGGGAGAAGCCGUUCAAAUGCGAGGAGUGCGGGAAGAGCUUCACACGGAAGUCCAUCUUCAACUCCCACGUCUCCAUCCACACUGGAGAGAAGCCGUACAAGUGCCAGGAGUGUGGGAAGGGCUUCAGCUACAGCUCUGGCCUCAUUUUGCACCAAGUCAAGCACACAGGGGAGCGGCCCUACAAAUGCCUGGACUGCGGGAAGAGCUUCAGCCACCAGUCCAAUCUCAAGAGGCACCAAACCAUCCACGCCUGGGAGAAUCCCUACAAGUGCCAGGAGUGCGGCAAGAGCUUCGUGGAGGAGAAGAGCCUCCGGACCCACCAGCUCAACCACAUGGGGAACAAGCCCUAUAUCUGCCUGGAGUGCGGGAAGACCUUCAGCCAGAAGUCGACCCUCAACGCGCAUAUCCUGAUCCACACUGGAGCCAAGCCAUUCCAGUGCCUGGAGUGUGGGAAGAAAUUCACGCAGAGGUCCAACCUCAGCAGGCACCAGAUGAUUCAUUCCGGGGAGAAGUCGUACAUUUGCUUUGUGUGCGGAAAGGGCUACGCGGAGAAGAGACUCCUCAUUUUGCAUCAGAGGAAACACAUUGGCUAAUUGCGUAAAGCAGGCACGGGCCAACUUCGGGCCUCUCUCCAGAUGUUUUGGACCAGCACUUAGGAAUUGUGGGAGUUGAAGUCCAAAACACCUGGAGGGAGGCCUGAAGUUGGCCCGCGUCUGAUGUAAAGGAAUGUACAAAGAGUGACAGCUGGAGAUCGUACCUCAGCACACCUCAAUUAUUCAUACAGGGGAGACUUAUUCAUCAAUAUGCAGCCUUUCCAGAUUCCAUUUAAACUGCCUCCAGUAGAAGAUUUUAAUCGACCCCCAGCCCAAAAAAUGGUUAAUGUCCAUUGGACCCUUCGAUGUAUUUUCAGGAAGAAUUUGGCAGCUGUAGAUCAGUAUUAAUCAUGUGAAAUCCUCAGUGUCACUAAUUCCAGUGAUACAGCUGUGCCCUGUAGUAUAUAUAGAUAUAUAUAUAUAUCUUAAUUUUGGGUUGCAAAUUAUAUGUAUUAGGAGUUUUUCCCUUUGAUCAUUGGCAUGUGUGGAUAUCCAUCUGAGGAAUAGUGAAUGAAUCAUGGCCACUAUUUCAUGUGUUUGGGGAGAAAUCUUUUCUAUAUUUCUGUUGUUCUGGUCCUUCAUUCAUUCAUAUAUUUAUAUCUGUGAUUGGGAUUGAGAAAUAUCCAAUGAUCCAACAGAACAGGAGAACAUCAUGUCCAUAUUCUCUAGGGAGUAGUCUAUCAGAUUCUUUUUUGUUCGUUGGCAUUGCUUAUCACAGCUUGAGCAUCACAGAAGGGGGUCUUAUAUUGAUAUAUGUUCCUAACAGCCCAGUUAAGAAGGAACUCUGGUGAUUGACUAAGUGUGUAAUAGAUUGAUGUUAUGGGGGAUGCCUAAUUUUAUGCAGUUGUCUCUCUGCUUUCGCUGGGGCCACAGGAAUCCAGUGAAAGUGAACCAUUGCAAAUAAAGUAAUUGCUAUUUUUAAAAAUCUGAGUGAACAACACCUUUUGGGGAAUUUCUAGAUCUACCAGCAUGACUCUGUGUUUGAUGCCUGCUGGAAAAGGGCCAUAGAAUUGUACUUGAGGACCUUGAGAUUGCUAGAGAUUUUAUCUCCUUAGAAAUUUCAAUCUUCUAUUGUGACUAGAGGGUGUGGGCCAUAAAGCCACAUGAAGGAUUCUGGAAAAUGGAAAUCUCCAUAACCAUUUGGAGAUUUUAUUUUCUUUGGAAAUGAUCUUGUUAAAAGUCAAAACUUUUUGAAAAAUAGCAUUCAUGCAAGGCAGUGUGACUUCAAUUAUUAGAAUGAACCUAUUGUCUCUGAUCUGUUAGGAACAGAGAUAUGCCAACGCACAAAAACAUGCAUAUAUAUAGCAGAGUUUCAGAAGUGUUCUCUUAGUUGCCCAAAAAAAAUCUACUCUCCCUUAAAACCUCUUGGUUUAAAUCGUGCUCUCAAGAGACAAAAAUAAGCAGACUUCUUUAAAAGUUGGUUUACUCACAAACUUCAUGUAUUCAGCAUACAGGUACUUUGCAUAUCAGUCCAGUUACAGCUAGGAUUUGAAGUAGUUUUUCUUUAUAAGUAACACAGGUCAUCUUUCAUUGAAUCAACAUUCCAUAAUCUAAAACAUCUUUCUGGUCUGACAGUCUAAUAGUCUCUUAUCUAAUCUAAAAGUCCAAUGGAGUUUGUAAGCAUAGUGUUCCUAGUAAAGGUAAAGGUUUUCCCCUGACGUUAAGUCCAGUCGUGACCGACUCUGGAGGUUGAUAGUCAUCUCCAUUUCUAAGCCGAAGAGCCCGCGUUGUCCAUAGACACCUCUAAGGUCAUGUGGCCAGCAUGACUGCAUGGAGUGCCGUUACCUUCCUGCUGGAGCAGUACCUAUUGAUCUACUCACAUUUGCAUGUUUUCGAACUGCUAGGUUGGCAGAAGCUGGAGCUAAUAGCGGGCACUCAUUCCUCUCCCGGGAUUUGAACCUGGGACCUUUUGGUCCGCAAGUUCAGCAGCUCAGUGCUUUAACACACUGUGUUAAACUGAAGUUUAAAGCAUACAAUUCCUACGGAAGUUUCUAAGCAUACUGUUCCUAAAAUGAAGUCAGCCCUGAACAAGCCCAGUUCUGAUCACCUGGUCUGCAGCUCUUUCCACAAUAUAGAGUUAAAGAAAAACUGCAAACCAAUACACAUAAAUACAAUACAGUAAGCAGUCUGAAUUAUAUACAUAACUAACUAAUGGAGGCUUGAAGAAGGUUGCUAUUUCCAACAGACUUAUUAGAGACUCCUAUAGUAGGAACAUGUUAAUCAAAUAUCUGAAUGAUUAAAUCUGUAAAAGUCAGAGCUACAAAUAUGACUGUAUAUUUCAUCAUUUGUCCCUUUCCUUUUUCCUAAGCCAAACAGCCCCAGGCAUUUGCAAUAUGUGCUCAUGGGUGAGUUUUUCCUAGGGUUGACUUUUAAGAUAAAUGGUGCUCUGGGCAAGCAGUGUCAAGUCACUCCUUGCUGGUUUGUAGGCCUUGCUCAAGCUCGUUCCAGAUUAACCAGAGUUGUAGAUGUAUUUGCUUUUAUUCUUUGCAUGAGGGUUAGGCAUCCCAUGACUUUGACUUUGUCUAUUUCUCAAUUGCUUCCUGCAGAUCUUGUUACUCCUAAUGGCUCACUCACAUCCAGUCUUCUGUUUGUGACCUGUUUUCCUGCAUUUACAGUUCCACAGCGGAGAAAGUAGAUGAGUCAGUGCUCCUUUCUCUUAGGUCUAAGUUCUUGCCUUUCGUCAUGUUACUCAGAGAAGGGAAUGGUUCUUUUUUUUGGAAAAGAAGAUACACUGCUCACAUUGACCCACAUUGAGGUUUUUUAUAUUCAUUUUUAACUCAAUCUAUAGACUUAUAUAAGACUGUACGGUCACUUCCUUGAUGCAUAACCUAACUCACAUUUAUGCCUUGCUCUGUGAAAACUUGAAAGCAUUUACUCUCCAGUGGCAGGUGCUUCUUGCUGUUCUCAGUGAUCUCUUGGUCUCUCUUCGUGAUGGGCCUGCAAUUCUUCCUCUGCGAAAAACAGCCUAUAUGUUUGGAUGCAGCAUUGUGACAUAAAAGCCAAUUGUGCAUCCAUCUGAUGAAGUAGACUUAAAUCCACAAAGGCUUGUGUAACCAAAUUUAUUUCUCUCAGAGAUACUACUAGAUCAUUUUGCAGUACAAGCUUAUCAGGCAUAAAUGAUUGUCUAUUACAGUAGAGUCUCACUUAUCCAACAUUCGCUUAUCCAACGUUCUGGAUUAUCCAAUGCAUUUUUGUAGUCAAUGUUUUCAAUAUAAUGUGAUAUUUUGGUGCUAAUUUUGUAAAUACAGUAAUUACAACAUAACAUUACUGGUUAUUGAACUACUUUUUCUGCCAAAUUUGUUGUCUAACAUGAUGUUUUGGUGCUUAAUUUGUAAAAUCAUAACCUAUUUUGAUGUUUAAUAGGCUUUUUCUUAAUCUCUCAUUAUCCAACAUAUUCGCUUAUCCAACGUUCUGCCCGCCCGUUUAUGUUGGAUAAGUGAGACUCUACUGUACAUUGAUUGGUUUUGACACCUUAAAAUGGGUUAACCUGAUAACAUUUAACUCUUGAGUAAAGAACCAGAAAGAAUUGUUGCAUAAAGCAUGCUCACCAAUGCUUUUAAACGAUCAACUAUGCAUCAGAUUAGCACAGAGAACUUUGUAAAAUAUUUAUUGUCAGCACUUAAUAGCAUGGAUUCAACUAUCCAUUGCUUGAAAAUACCCCCGCCUUGACCAGAUAUACUACAAACUACCAGGCUUUAAACUGUUCAGCUUCAAAUGAGUAAAAAAAAAAUCCUCAAAAGCCCAAUUAUGCUGUCAGCCUCAAACUACAAAUUUCAGUGUUUUGUUCUGAGCCAAUUCUAAGAGUUCUUGGCGAGAUUUAUCCAAAGGAGAUAUGCCCUUGCGUUCCUCUGAGGCUGAGAGAGUGUGACUUGCCCAAAAUCACGCAAUGAGUUUCCAGGACUGAGCAAGGAUUGAAAUUCUGGUUUCCAGACUCCUAGUGUAAUACAGUAGAGUCUCACUUAUCCAAGCCUCGCUUAUCCAAGCCUCUGGAUAAUCCAAGCCAUUUUUGUAGUCAAUGUUUUCAAUAUAUCAUGAUAUUUUGGUGCUAAAUUCGUAAAUACAGUAAUUACAACAUAACAUUACUGCGUAUCCAACUACUUUUUCUGUCCAAUUUGUUUUAUAACAUGAUGUUUGGGUGCUUAAUUUGUAAAAUCAUAACCUAAUUUGAUGUUUAAUAGACUUUUCCUUAAUCCCUCCUUAUUAUCCAAGUUAUUCGCUUAUCCAAGCUUCUGCCAGCCCGUUUAGCUUGGAUAAGUGAGACUCUACUGUACUAUUAAUAUUCUGGCUCUGGUAUGAAGCAAGUAGUCGUAAAGGAAUCACAUCACCAUAAGCUGUCAUUUCCCUGGCUAAAAUUCACAAACUUAUUUCCCCAAAAUAACAGAGCUAUAGUAAUCAUGCAAUCAAUACUACCAGCUGCUUUAUGUAGUAUAUUUUAGAGCUCAAAGCAAGUUGAUAUCAGAGGGCUCUUUAUAGGAAUGUGCAGUUGGCUCUCCAUUCACAGAUUCUGCAUCCAUAGCUUGAAAUAUAUAUAUAAUUCCAGAAGGGAAUUCUAUUGUGUAUAAUGAAAAUUUAACAUCCACAGCUUUUAGUAUCCAUGGGAUGUCUUGGAACCAGACCUCAGUGGAUACCAAGGGCCAGUGUAUAUUGAAGUAGCAUAGCUUGGAAAUGUAGAUGCCGUGGUUUUCAAGUCAGUUCAUUAAAAAGAAAUACAGCUUCGAAAAACUUCGGCCCUCCAGGUGUUUUGGACUUCAACUCCCACCGGCUGUUAGGAAUUGUGGGAGUUGAAGUCCAAAACACCUGGAGGGCCCAAGUUUUCCCAGGCCUGAGCUAUAAUUAGCCAUUAUUUGCUAAUUUGGGUUAUCCUUUCUCUACCUUUCCCAUUUCUAUAAUAUCUAUUGGAGGGCAGCUGUACACAACGUUCCACAUUUCAGUCCGUUAUUCAAAGCUCAGAUUUCAGCAUGGAGUGAGAAUAUUUUCCCCUUGAAUAGGCAUCGCUUUGUAGUUGUUUAUACAUACUGAGCAAUUGUUAUCUGAAAUCCAAAAUUGUCCAUAUGGACGGCUAAGAUAGUGGCGCCUUUGCUUUCUGAUGGUUCGAUGUAUACAAACUUUGUUUCACUCACAAAAUGAUGUAAAAUAUAAUGUAUAGAAUUACCUACAUGCACUUAACAAUAUAAAAAUUAUGUGUAUAUGAAAUAUAAAUUAAUGUCAUGUUUAGCUUUGGGUCCUAUAUCCAAGAUAUCUCAUUAUGUAUAUGCAAGUAUUCCAAAAUUUCAAAGAAGGAAUACUUCUGGACCCAGGUAUUUUGGAUAAGGGAUAUUGAACCUGUAUUGGAUUUCUAUUUAUCUGUUUUUUCACAUCGCAGGUAUCCUUUUUUUACCAACUUCAUGAUCCAUGUGUGAUGUUUUGCAAACCAAAGCACCAUCAGCAAAUUAUGUAUUCCCUUUGCUUCAUGAAUUCUCUACAUUGUAGGCUGGGAAGACUGAAAUGUUCCCUGUUUUCUUUCGAGAAUAUCUUGUCAGCAAUUGCAUUAAUGCAAACACAUCUCCGUGGCUUUUGCUCUCUCACACAAGUAAAGUGCUGGAGGGAAGGGCAUUUUAGAAGAUUGUAUUACUAUCACUGCAUUCUCAUAAUAGGAUCUUGCUUAUGUCCCCCUUUUUGUUGAUACGUUAUUUUUAUGCUUUAAUCGAUUUUGUAAUAUAUAGUUUAUUUUUUGUCCUUGCCUUUGUGGUAGUCACUUUGUUAACAACUUUGGUUGAUUUAUUGUGUUUAAUUCCAAGGAGACAGAAUCCAGAACGCUCUCCCUGCCAGCCUUAAACAUAAUUCUGUGAAUCUGCUGGAAAUUGACAUGCUGGGUUAGGAUAACUCGUAUAGCGGAUUGUUUGGAUUCCCCUACACUUUUCUUUUAAAAAAUUACCUUCAAUUGUACAGUAGUCUUAUUUUUCUUUUGCUUCCAUUUUAAAUAAAUUCCUGUCAAUAAGUG